AUGAAGGCAGUUGGCUUAAAAAGAUAUGGUGAUAUUGAAGUCCUCGAAGAUCUCGACGUACCUAAACCAUCUGCUCCUCAAGGAAGAGACUUGCUUAUUCGAAUAAAAGCCACCAGUGUUAAUCCGAUUGAUAUAAAGGUUCGAGGAGGCGUUUAUGAUGAUUAUCCAGAUUAUUAUGAUCACGUACCUUUUAAUACCGAUAAAUAUCAAAUUCUUGGUUAUGAUUCAUCAGGUGUUGUCGAGCAAGUUGGACCCGAUGUAUCUCGGUUUAAAAUUGGUGAUGAAAUAUAUUUCCUUGCUUCACCUUUUCGACAUGGAAGUAAUGCCGAAUUGGUACUUGCUGAUGAACGAAGUGCAGCAUUGAAACCACGCAGUCUUUCAUUUGAACAUGCUGCUGGUAUUCCUUUAACAGCUCUAACAGCUUGGGAAGCACUUGUCGAACGGCUUGAAAUCAAAGAAGGUGAACAAGUAGCUAUUCUUAUUAUUAAUGGAGCAGGAGGUGUUGGAUCAAUUGCAUCACAAAUUUGUGCUGAAAUUCUUCGUUUACCAGUUGUUAUUACAACAGCAUCAAGAGAAGAAACACGUAAUUUUAGUAAGGAAAUGGGUGCAACACAUGUUAUUAAUCAUCAUGAUGAUAUUGUAAAGCAAAUAAAUCAAUUGAAAUUAAAUGUUCCAUUAAAAUAUGCAUUUAUUACUCAUACAACCGUUGAAGAAUAUGUUAAAGUAUGUGCAGAUGUUUUAUCUCCAUUUGGAAAAAUGUGUUCAAUUGUUCAAGGUAAAUUUGAUUUUUAUGGUACACCAAGUAUGGCUAAAUGUUUAACAUUUGUCUGGGAAUUAUUAAGUACCAAAGUACGAUAUGGUGGUAAUUUGGAAGUUCACGGAGAAGUACUUGAAAAAUUAGCUAAAUUAAUUGAUCAAGGAAAAAUAAAAUCGCAUGUAACACAAGUCUUUGAAUUUAAUUGUGAGAAUUUAAAAAAAGUUCAUGAUCUUAUCUUCAAAGGAAAAGCUAUUGGCAAGAUUACUUUAAAAAUGAAUACAUAA